CCGGCCGCGCCCCCCGGCCCCGCAGGUGCGGCCCGGCCCGGCCAUGCCGGCCAAGAGGAAGCCGGUGCUGCCCGCCCUCAACAUCGCCCCCAGCGCCGCCGAGGGGCCCAGCCCCGACGGCUCCGCAGAGGCCAACCUGGUGGACCUGCAGAAGAAGCUGGAGGAGCUGGAGCUGGAUGAGCAGCAGAAGAAGCGCCUGGAAGCUUUCCUGACACAGAAAGCCAAAGUGGGGGAGCUGAAGGACGAUGACUUCGAGAGGAUCUGCGAGCUGGGCGCUGGCAAUGGCGGGGUGGUCACCAAAGUGCAGCACAAACCCUCAGGGCUCGUUAUGGCACGGAAGCUGAUCCAUUUGGAAAUCAAGCCAGCCAUCAGGAACCAGAUCAUCCGGGAGCUGCAGGUGCUGCACGAGUGCAACUCCCCCUACAUCGUGGGCUUCUAUGGAGCCUUCUACAGCGACGGGGAGAUCUCCAUCUGCAUGGAGCACAUGGAUGGUGGCUCUUUGGAUCAAGUGCUGAAAGAAGCCAAAAGAAUUCCUGAGGAAAUCCUGGGCAAAGUCAGUAUAGCGGUUCUGCGGGGCCUGGCCUAUCUGCGGGAGAAGCACCAAAUCAUGCACAGAGAUGUGAAACCCUCCAACAUCCUGGUGAAUUCCCGAGGGGAGAUCAAGCUCUGUGACUUUGGGGUCAGCGGGCAGCUCAUUGACUCCAUGGCCAACUCCUUUGUGGGAACUCGGUCCUACAUGUCUCCCGAGCGCCUGCAGGGCACGCACUACUCGGUGCAGUCGGACAUCUGGAGCAUGGGGCUGUCCCUGGUGGAGCUGUCGAUCGGAAGGUACCCAAUCCCCCCGCCAGACUCCAAGGAACUGGAAGCAAUUUUUGGCCGUCCUGUGGUGGACGGGGCGGAGGGAGAGUCCCCCAGCAUCUCGCCGCGGGCCAGGCCCCCAGGACGCCCCGUCAGUGGCCACGGGAUGGACACCAGGCCUGCCAUGGCCAUCUUUGAGCUGCUGGAUUACAUCGUUAACGAGCCACCUCCCAAGCUGCCAAGUGGAGUCUUCACGCAAGAUUUCCAGGAGUUUGUAAAUAAAUGCCUAAUUAAGAACCCAGCAGAACGAGCAGAUCUGAAGAUGCUGAUGAGCCACACGUUCAUCAAGCGCUCCGAGGUGGAGGAGGUGGAUUUCGCGGGCUGGCUGUGCCGGACGCUGCGGCUGAACCAGCCCAGCACUCCCACCCGAGCUGCCAUGUGAGCCCGGCCUGGCGCUCCUGCCUCUGGCACCGCUUCCUCUCCUCCCUGCAGGGCAGAGCUGCCCCUCCUUCCUCCCUCCCAGCGCCAAAGCUCCGGCCCCGGGGCGGCUCCACCCUCGCGGGGUCGGUCCCUUCGGCCCUGGGGGUGUUCCAGGCCCCUGCUCCAGCUCUGGAGCUCCUGACACUUGGGAAUUGUGGUGCUGCUUAUGUUGGUUUUUCUUUAUUUUGGGUUUCUUUUUGUUUUGGUUCAGGUUUUUGGGGUUUUUUUGGAAAUUAAGAAGGAAGGUGAUGGGGGGUGUGAGGUGGUGCAGGAUGAGGGGCAGCUGGUGCUUCGCCCCAUCCCUGGUUUCUCUCUGGGAUGGAGAAUCAGUGGGAUCAGGAAUGGAGAAACCCUGCCUAGGGUGGCCCAGAGCAGUGUCCCUGUCCUGCCUGGGGCCACAGCUGGGCUCUGGGCUGGGGGCAGAGCAGAGAUUGCUCUUUGCUUGGUUUAAAUCUGUUUUAAACGGUUCUUCUGGAGCCUGAGCUGGGUGUUCAGGGGAGGGGCUGGAUCCAUGGGGAUGGGGAUGGCUUCCACUUUUCAGUGUCCAGGUGAGGGGAGAGUGUGCAUUUUGGAUUUUCCUUCCCUGGAGAGGGGCAGGCAGAGCCUGGCUGUGCCCGGGGUUGGGGUCCCUCUCCUGAUCCCACCGGGGGCACAGGGGGAACCCUCCAGGCUGCAUUUCCCCCUCCAGCUGCCUCCGGCCCAUCCCAGGGCUGGCCUCAGCCAUUGUGGACGUGGCAGAGCUCCAGGAUUCCCUGUCAGAGCCCCCUGGCCAGGGAUGAACCCACCCCGAGCCCACGUUGUCCCUGGGUUGUCCUUCCCAUCGAGGACCCUGCAGCCCCCAGGCCCCGACACCCUCCCUUCCCACCACGCGGAUUUUGGGGUGAAUCAUUCCCCUCCUCCCCCCGUUGUGGGUUUGGCAACCCCUGAGCCCCCCGUGAGGAUUUGGGAAGUUUGGUGGGAAUUUUUUGGUGUUUUCCUUCUGGUUUUUUGGCUGUUUUUCACUCAGGCUGGCAGCUGCCAUCCCCCUGCCUGCCCUGGGUCCCACCAUGGCAGCCCCCCCAAAAAUUAACCACCAGGGCUGGGUACCCCCAAACCCCUCAUCCCUUUUCCUUCCCUGUUUUCCAGCACAGGACAAAGGCACUGCCCUGCCUGGGGCCAACCCACAGGGCAACCACGUCCCCAAAGAGGACAACCCAAUUUUUUGGGGGAACACCCCAAUUUUGGGGGGAACACUCCAGAUUUGAGGGGUCUGUGCCCAGCCAAGCCCCCCUGGAGCCGUGGGGUGGUCAAUGUGAUGGAUUUUGCCUCUUAUUUAAUGUGGGAAGCAGGGAAGGUUCCUCAAGUUUUGGGCUAUUUCCCAUAGGUUUUGGUGCUGGGUUUUGGAGGAGGAAGAGGAGGAAAAGGAGGAUGAUGAGGAGGAGAGCGUGGAUGGAGCAGUUUGGUGGUGCAAUUAAUUUUUUUUUUUUUUUUAACUCGAUAUUUUCAUCAUGGAU